AUGUCGUUCGCCGGUGUAUCCGUAGUUGCUGCCGGCAGGCUGCGGCAGCCGUCCGCGGAGCCUGCCAAGAUCUACGCCGGCUCCAGCGCAGCCGGCAGCGGCAGCUGGUAUCACCUGCUUGUGGCGGAUGGUUUCUCCCGCAUCAAACACCUGCCCGCUGGACAGUGCAUCAAGGGUUGCUCCUUCAGAGCUGGAGGCUAUCCAUGGGCUCUGUGGUUCUAUCCCAAUGGUGAUCACCCAGAUGAUGCCGGUUUCGUGUCCGUCUUUCUUGUCCUUGAUCAGGAGCAUGUUGAACAGCCCGUGAAAGCGCAUGCGUGGUUUAGUUUCAUUGAUGAGCUUGACAAGCAGGAUCCUGCAUUCAUCCGUUCAAGGGAAGCAAUUGACUUCAAUACAAGUGAAUUGAUUUGGGGUUGGCAUCGUUCCAUAAAAGUAGAGCACCUCAAGGGGGGUUGUUUCACCAUCCGGUGCGAUUUCAUCAUCGCCGAAGCUGCCACUGCUCCCUUGAUUGAGGUCCCACCAUCAAACAUGAGUGAGCAUCUGAACCAUCUCUUUGUGACCAAGCUGGGCGCCGACGUGACGUUCGAGGUCGGCCAUGAGACAUUCACCGCGCACCGUUGUGUGCUCGCGUCCCGUUCCUCUGUCUUCAUGGCAGAGCUCUUCGGCCCCAUGAAGGAGGGGAUUGCUACAGCCGGUGCCAUUCAGAUACAAGACAUGGAACCAAACAUCUUCAAGUCCUUGCUCCAUUUCAUCUACACUGACUCAAUGCCAAAGAUGGAGCCUGAUGGAGAAGCAGAGAGGGAAGAAGCUGGAGACGAAGUUAUGUGGCUUCAACAUUUGCUUGCGGCAGCGGAUAAGUAUGAUCUCCAGCGCCUCAAGUCCAUGUGCGAAAAGCGCCUGUCUCGGCGCAUAGAUCUGAGCUCGGUGCUUUCUAUCAUCAAUCUAGCAGCACAGCACCAUUGCCGUGGACUCAAGGAAGCCUGCCUUGAGUUCCUCAAAGUCCAGUCUGGUGAAGACUUCGCCGCCGUGGCCGACCUGUGUGGCGACGUGGCAGUAGAAGAGGACCCUGACGGCCUUGGCGCUCUUCAGUUGCUCGAGAACCUGAUCAGCAGCACACUGACCAGCAUCAGGAAGCCGACCGACGACCAGGGGAGGAAGGGUGAAAACGUCCAUGCGGUCAUGCCUAGUAUAGAUUUUGAAUCAAAAGGGAAUAAAUGA